AAAAAAAUUUGUUUGGAGUUUCUCAGUUUUGAGAAAAAUGCGCGAAUAUUUUUUUCUUUGAAUAUUUUGUUGAAUCAUCUUCAUACAUUAGAGAGAAACGUAGUUAUUUUGUAUAUCAAUUAAAAGCCUAUCAGACGUCUCAUCCAGUAGACGUACAACAGUACGCCGUGUCAUUAUGGACGAUAAAAACAAGGGGGGCCUAUAAGUUCUCUAUAGUCUUAGGUAUCAUAUUUUUUGCCAGAAAGCUUUAGAAGUUCAUCGAUUAUUCUAAAGAAAUCUUUGAAAAUUGGAAGUGACUUUCAUGAAUUUUAAAACUAGACACCUUAAGGGUGACACCCAUAUGUUUAUCUCAAAAAUUGAACUUUUAAAAAAAGAAAUUGAUUUUUAGAGGAGGGGGCGGCCUUAAAUUGAUAUUUUUCUUUGUUUGAAAAUUUUUGAAGAAAAAAAAAAUCAUAUAUAUGAUAAAUUCUUUUAAUUAUUAAAAACAAAAAGAUUGACGUAGAUAAAUAAUUUUUCUAGGUAAAAAUUUCUUUUUCUCUAAAACAGAAUUCAACAAAUUCAAUUACUUGGUCGUGAUUUACGUGGACCUAAUCAUGAAAAUUUAUGGAAUCAACUUGAAGCUGAAAUUCAUUUACAUCGUCAUAAAACUGUUAUACGUGCAUGUCGUGGACGAGAAAAAAUUAAUAAAAUCUUAACUAUACCACCUGGACAUGAUACAAAUACAUUAAAAAAACGACAAGGUGUUGGUGAAUUACGUACAGUUAAAUUUCAUAAAGAUGCAAAAGAAGCAUUAGGUAUAUCAAUAACAGGUGGUAAAGAACAUGGUUUACCUAUUCUUAUAUCAGAAAUUCAUGAAGGUGGAUUAGCAUGGCGUUCUGGACAACUUUAUGUUGGAGAUUCUAUAUUAACUGUUAAUAAACGUGAUCUACGUGAUACAAAACAUACCGAAGCUGUUCAUAUUCUUUCAUCUGUUAAAGGAGAUAUUACAAUGACAGUUGUAUUUGUUGCACCUGAUGAUAGUGAUGAUGAAGAUUUAACAAAUUGUGAAGAAAAUAAUCAUUUAAAAUAUAAAUUUUUGACUAACGAAAUUGAACAUAAUCUUAAAACAAAAGAUAUUGAUUCAAUUAAAGAUUUAUCUAUAUCAAAUGGUGAUAGAGGAAAAAACUUAUUAGAACAAACAGAUGGAACAGAUACGACAAGUAUUGAUAGUAGUCAAAAAAAUAUUCAAUCAGUAGUUGAUAAAUAUCUUAAACAUACACGUCAAAAUUUACCUGCUAAACGUACUAAUUCGAAAGAUUAA